AUGGCCGAAGCCCUUGCAGUGCUUGGAGCGAUGUCAUAUGUGAUUGAAGCGAUCGAUGAGGCAUACAAAUUGUCCGGUGCCGUAGCCCGGGCGCCGAUCAAGACGGUAGAAACCCUGUAUUUCUUCACAUCACGCUACGGACCAUCAGGUAUCUUCAUAUGGAUCUUUGGAAGCCGAGAGGUGUGGCAAAUGCAGAUGCAGGUAUUAGGCAGUCUUGAUGAUGCAGACGCUAUAAAUUUCAAAAAGUCGAUCCAGCAAGAGAGCAGUAUCAUAGCCGUAGCUGCCACCAUCCUUGCCCAGAUUGCUAUCACUGCACUAUCCCUAGAAAACCUGAGCCGGAUGCACUGGACUGCUCGCGCCUUCUUCAUUUCGAGUCUGGUCUCAUCGAUUAUAGCUGUUUACUAUGCGACGAAGCAGUACCGUGUCCUGGGGCGCUGUUUGUACGCUGAGCAAGUGAAAGCGUGGAUCCAAAACCAGAAGAAGAAGAAGACGGAAUGGGCCUUGAGCAAUCCUACAAAAGUCGCUUCUGUAGCCUCCGUUAUCACUGUUUCAGCGCCGAACAUGCUUCUAUCCUUCUCACUCAACUCCUUCUUGGCACUUGCGGUUGCGAACGAAGCCGCUUCAACACGAACACCUCCGGACCCAGAUGUGGAGAGAGGAACACCGCUGAAUGCUAUCCCCGAGACGUUGAGCGGGGAAGCGCGACAUGGAGACAUUUUACAUGAGGAUACCCGGAAAGAGCUGUUGGUACUGUUUCAGGAAGCCGCAGAUAUGCGUAAAGCAUCCGCAAAGGUUGACGAGCGUUUAGCUCGGCUUUUGGAAAGGCUCGGAGAGGAAACUGGCGCAUGA